AUGAAAAAUUUAAAAAACGAAACAUGGUGGUGUGAUAAUUUUUUAAUUGGUGAUGAUUCCACGUCGGAUAAUUGGUGGGCAAUACUCGCUCUCAUACUCGUCAUAGGUACGGCAACCGGAAACAUACUCGUUUGUUUGGCCAUAACUUGGGAAAGGAGAUUGCAAAAUGUCACAAAUUAUUUUCUAAUGUCAUUGGCCGUGACGGAUUUAAUGGUCGCCGUUUUGGUGAUGCCACUCGGAAUAUUGACUCUCGUCAAAGGUGAGUGA